CGGGGGAGACGCGGCUCCGGGGCGGGAGGGAAACAGCCGCAGAGGGAGGAAAUCGCUGUGGGGACGGAGCGGCCGCAGGGCCGGGGGAUCUGAGCUGCCCUGUGCCUGGGACCAGAGAGAUCCCCCCUCCCAGCCAGCUGGUCCUAUAGGAGAUAUAACCGCCCCCGCCCCUUGUCUCUCUGCUUAUCCCCAGGGCAGCGCGCAGGGUGCCCGCUAGAGACGUGUCCGUUCCAGCGUCUGCUGCGCUUGGAGCUCGGGGCAUGUCUACGCGACAGGGGCACAGGAGGGCGCUGUCCUGGUAACUCCAGAGCAUAGGCGCUUCCUACCGCAGUGGCAGGGAUGUGGUUUAUGUACCUCUCCCGGAGGUAGUAGCUAGGCCCACGGAAGACUUCUCCCCUUGACCUGGCCACAUCUGUAUUGGGCCUAACUACACCAGGCUGCCCCUGAAAAUGUUCACAGCCCUGAGCGAUGCAGCUAGGCCCAUCUAAUUUUUAGCCAUAGAUGAGGCCCCCGGCUUGGAGGCUGGUGGUAGCUCUGGCCCCAAAGAUCGCUCAUUUGAUCCCCAUUGCCUGUCACAUUAGCACUUCUUCCUCCCAGAUGUUUUGUCUUCAGGACCCCCAUGCUGUGCCCAUGGGUCUCCUGGCCCUUUCUCCCAUGUUCCGCGAUCAUACGUCCCUCCAGGCAAGAAGUUCAAACUCACAGAGCGUCCUUUGUAACAGCUAUUCAACCCAGCCCUGGUCUCCCUUCUUUUCUGUCCUCAGGGCUGGAUUUCCACCCCCUAGACCAGCCGUGAGUCCCAGAUGGAGCCAGAGGUAGAGCCGUGCACGCUGGAUCCCCAGCGCUCCAGUGACAGCUGCGUCCCUACGGGCACUUCUGCAGUUGGCGAUGAGGUGCAGAGCGGGGACAAGGAGGGGAGUCCUGGCCCGGAGGACGGGGCGCUGUCAGGCGGGUCUGAGUGGGAGUUGUCCCCCAGCCCCGACCGGGAGUGGCCGCCGAUGACGCUCCCCACUGCUAACUCAAGGAAACCCUACAACUGUGCUGACUGCGGUAAAGCCUUCACUUGGCCCUCGCACCUGGUGCAGCACCAGCGCAUGCACACGGGUGAGCGCCCUUACCGCUGUGCCGACUGCGGCAAAGGCUUCGCCGACAGCUCGUCCCUGGUUAAGCAUGGCCGGACCCACACGGGAGAGCGCCCCUACACCUGCCCCCAGUGUGGCAAAGGCUUUGUGGACAGCUCGUCGCUCACCAAACAUGCCCGUACCCACACAGGUGAGCGUCCCUACUGUUGCCCCAGCUGCGGGCGCGGCUUCGCCGACAGCUCCCGCCUGGCCCAGCACCGACGCACCCAUGCUGGGGAGCGACCUUACUGCUGCCCCGACUGUGGGAGGGCAUUUGGCCGUCGGGCACACCUGAUCGAGCACCGGUACACCCACACUGGGGAGAAACCUCACCGCUGCCACCAGUGUGGCAAAGGGUUCAGCCAGAGCUCCAACCUGACGCAGCACCAGAAGACCCACCUGGCAGAGAAGCCUUUCAUUUGUCCACAGUGUGGGAAGGGGUUCUGUCUGCGCUCCCAGUUGGCCAAGCACCAGCGGCUGCACAGCCCUGACAAUCCCCACCGCUGUCCCCAGUGCCACAAGGGCUUUGUGGACCGCUCACCUCUCCUCAAGCACCUGAGGAUCCACACCGGGGAGCGGCCCUUCCAGUGCACUGAGUGUGGGAAGACUUUCAGCAUGAGUUCACACCUCACACAGCACCAGCGAGUCCACACUGGCGAGAAACCCCACCACUGCCACCAGUGUGGCAAGGCAUUUGCCCAGAGCUCCAACCUGACGCAGCACCUGCGCACCCAUACUGGGGAGCGCCCAUACAAGUGCCCCAAAUGUGGCCGGGCCUUCAGUGAUAGCUCCAGCUUCUUGAGGCACCAGCGGCUGCACAGCGGGGAGCGACCCUACCGCUGCCACCAAUGCGGCACGGGCUUUGCUGAUGGCAAGGUGCUGCGCAAGCACCAACUGACUCAUAGUGGUGAGCGGCCCUUUGCCUGUGGGCAGUGUGGCCGCACCUUUGCCCAGAGCUCCAACCUGGUGCAACACCAAGCUAUUCACACUGGGGAGCGGCCCCACCGCUGCCACCAAUGCGGCAAAGGGUUCUGCUUUCCCUCGCAACUGGCACAGCACCAGAAGCUCCAUGCCACUAUUAUUGUGGUGGACGAUGGCGAUAAUGAACUCCCCUCUCCAUCUGUCAACUAAGCCCCUCCAUUCCCCAGCUGCCCUGGGUGGGGAUUGAACCCGGGGCUCCUCUGUUGCUUGAAUUACCUGGCGAAGAGAGUGAUACAGACUUGUAAUCCUUUAUGCAGCCGCUAGAGUGGGACAGGGAGCAGGUUUAGUGCUAGAGCUGAUCAAGGGACAGAAAGAAAAACAGUUUCACUAAGUCAAUCUGGUUCUGGAACAAGACACUUUUUUCUUUUAAUUGAAAUUAUUGUUGAUAUUUCCCCCCCAAAAGUCAUGUGACUAUAGGAAAAUCUCAGCUUUUUUAAAAAAAGUAAUUUUCUGAUCCUCAUAGGUGGGGAGAAAAGCUGAGAAAAUUGCUCCAAAUGGCUCAGAAUCAUGACUAAAGAGACCUUUACAUUUCUGAUUUUCAACAUCUCAUGAUGUUUUUAAGCCAUGACUAUUCUGGAGGCUGGCUCGUGAUUUUUGAAUGCUUAGAGUGGCCAUGCUGCUGGAGUUAAAUUUUGGAGAUAUUUGCGAACCCACUCCAAUCUCAAUGUAGUUGGUGGAAUUUGUUCAUGUUUCUCACAGUUGUGAAGGGUUUAGGAAUCCACCAGAGGCUGAAUUUAUAGCCAGGAUUCUAAGGCUCAGGUGUAAUUCAUUGACUUAAUACCUGUUGCUAUGUCUCUCUCUAGUGCACAACCCUGGCUACUACAACAUCCCACUGCUCACUCACAGCUGGGGGGGUUACCUCUUUAGCUCAGGGUAGCAUGGGAUCAUGUGUUGGGGUUGGGGUUGGGACUGGGGCUAAUGGAUGAGAGCUGGUCAGGAAAUGAUUUGUUUGUCCCCAUGAAAUUUUUUUAAUGAAAACAUGGUUGGGAAAAAUGUGUUUCCUUGAAAUUUUUCAUCUAAACUUUUGUGGAAAAUGUUCAGGGUUUUUGUCAACAAACCUAAAGCUGAGAAAAUUUGGGUUCCCAAAAUCCAAACACUUUCCAGGUAUUUUUCAAUGAACCCCACCAACUUUUCCAUGCAAUGGAAAUUUCUAGGAGAAAGAAAAAUGUUUUCUCAACAACAACAAAAGACGGAGGGGGGGGGGAGGGGGUCAACAUUUCCCACCUAAAAGCCUUUGGAUGUCCAGCAUUUGAUCAGCUUUGGAAGAGUCAUGUGCCCAAAUUCCUUCAGCUCCUGUAAUAAUCACCUUUGGGGGCUGAGACCGCAUGGGUUGGAUAUACAAGAAUAAACAACACAUCACAAUGGAAUUGGCUCCUUGCUUUUCAAGCCUUUUUGGAAGUGUCACAUUAUUGCUCCUAUUUGAUUGAAACCUCCCUGGUUUUAUAUAUGUAAUAUGAAAAUUAACAUUUUCCUCCAUUCUUUUCCCAAAACUUUUAUGUGUUUAUUUUUUUCGAAAAUCAACACUUAAAAAUAGAACUUAAGGAAGAUUAGAAAUAACAACCUACAUUUUUUGUUCUAUUUGUUAAAACACACACAAAAAAACAACCCAAGGAAAGAGGUUUUUUUCACCAGGCAAAAAAUUUUGUUAACUACAGGAUUCUAACAACAGUAUCACAAAUUAAGGGAUAGCCAUUAAUAACCUUAACUCUGUCCUUCAGGACACGUUUUGUUAAAGACUGGGCUACUGUUAUUAGGACUCCACCACUUGGAUUUGGAUGUUAGGAGUUAGACUUCCCAGAUGGGAUUUUUCAAAGGAGUUGAGAAUUUGGUUUCUAAAUUCAAUGGAAUUAAAUUAAUUAGAGUGAAUUGACAUUUUGUAAGCAAAACAUAUUCCUGGCGAAAAAUGGAGUUUUUCUCAUGAAAAUGUUAUUUUCAACAAAAAAUUUUGACUGGUGAUUACAAAAUGCACAUUUCUGUUUAAUUUCAAAUUGGAUUUUUUGCUUUGCUCUCCUCUCAUCAAACACACUUUCUGUCUCACUUCUACUUUCACCCAUCAUUUGCAGUGAGAAAACAAAGAGGGGAGAGAAAAUAACCCAAAAAUCUCCAAAGUGAAAACUUUGUUUUUUAAAUCCAGACCAAAAUUGUGAUUUGAAAGUAAAAUGUUUUUACAUUUCUUUCUUUCUCAAAAAAACAAAAUUUUUCAUGGUGAAAACUUUCUUUUAACCAGUUCUAGAUCAGAUUUCCUGAGGAGAUUUCAAGAUCUUUUGUAUGCUAGAAAUCUGCCCCGAUUCAAGACAUCAGCUGCACCAAUAGAAGUAGUGAUUUCCAUAUUCUUCCCUAGGGGUUUACAUUGGGACAGAUACAUGAAGAGCUGCUGGAAGCAGCACAAAUCCCAAUUUAGACAAUGUUUGGGUUAAUCUCUUCUUUCCUGAAUCCUCCAUAUUUAUUAGACGCCACUUUAGAGACACCUAUGAACCUCUUCUCAGAUGCAUCCAGGACCUGGCUGCUUCUUGUAAAGCGCUGAUAGAAGCCAUAAUUGCUAUGAUCCUUUCAGGAUUGGACCUCUGUGGCCUAAAAGGUGACCCAGUUUGGUACAUCUUUAAAAGGGCCUGAUUCUGAAUAAAGUGUUGAGCACUUUUCCUCCCCAAAUCAGGCCCCCUUUAAGGUAUUGAGCUGGGGCGCACACAGCCUCAAAAUCUCUAAUCACUUCUGAAAAUCUUGGCAGAAGGAAUUAAAUCCAAACUCCCAACUAUCUGGGGUAUUUGUUCGUUUUUAGCUACAGGCUUGUUACACCGCCGUCAGAAAUGGAGGGAUGUGCGCUCAUAACCUUAACUCUGCCCUGUAGGAUGAAUUUUGCUUUUAACUCAAGGACUCUAACAAUGAUGCAGCAAAUUAAGGGAUAUGUGUGAUUAACCUUAUCUAUGCCCGUCUUAGGUUAUAUUUAUCUGUGGGUUUAGCAACAACUGCUAGCAUCUGAUGUAGGGUUGCCAAUCUUCCCGGAUUGUCCUGGAGUCUCCAGGAAUUAAAGAUUCGUGUUUAAUUAAAGAUUAUGUCAUGUGAUGAUACCUCCAGGAAUACGUUCAGCCACAAUUGGCAACCUUAAUCUCAUGAGGAGGUGGGACUUGGAUGUUACCAUGCUGCAUUUGGAGACCUUCAUGUGUUCUACUGGCCAAACCCUCUUCCAAACUUCUUUUCCUUUGUAACAUCUUUUUCAGUCCCUCCUUCAUUUGCACCUUGCCAUAAAUCCUCUCCGGUUCAGUUACUUGGGGGUUUCUUUUUUCUCUCUUUAUUUCAUUGAUGAGACUUGCGAUUUCAAUAAGCAAUUCCCUGCAUUUUAGUCCUGGUUCUGGGUCGAGUUUUUAUUUGUUUCUUUCUUUCUUUGAUGGUUUUUGUUAUUGUUUAACAAUUUUAACUCAGACAUCUUUUCUUCACACUGCUGCUUGGGCAUUUGAUUUCCCAAAAGAACAAAAAAGGUGUAAACAGUCUGAUUCACAGUCCCUUCAAUGCUCAACUCCGCAGGUGUCAUUCCCAGGCCAGUGUCCUUGCCGCUAGACUACGCUGUCAAAGCGAUUGAGUGAAUGUGGCGGUCCUGAGGGGGGCAGAGUCAGAACUCUUGGGGUCUAUUCCCAGUCUAGAGAUGGGAGUAAGCGGUACAGGAAUGUCUGUGCAGUUGUGAUCCAUACAGUGAGCUGUCAGAUGCUGUGAAUUCUCAGGCAUCUCCAGCUCAGGUUCCCAACAAAUGAUAACUGGUCUCCUGGGUCUGACAUGUGGGCAGCUUGUCCCCUCCCCCUAGCAGCAUCUUGGCAUUCAUCCAGACUGGAUCAGCUGCUCCCUUCCAGCCUCAGCACAAAUAGAUCCUUCCCACAUUGGAAUGGGGCUUAGACCCAGAUCUCCCCCACAGCUGUUCAGAGUGAAUGAGCCAAAGCUAUGUGCCAGCCAGACCCCACCAGCACCCCAGAGACCUCCAGAGCUAGCUCCCCACUCCACCUAUAACACUGCCUUCCUGCUAUGCUGACACUCUCCCUGAAAGAGCAACUCCCCACAAAUGCUACCUGUCACAGCUCCCAUUUCAGGAGCAGACCCCAUCUCCAUCGAUCCAAUUAUUCCCAGCUCUGGGAAGGAAAUAGGGAUCUAGUGAGUUAGCAGGGGGAUUGGCAAGGGGGAAUCAGGCCUCCUGGGUUCUAUCCCCAGCUUUGCAGAGGGAGUGGGGUCUAGUGGGUUAGAAUUGGGGGGAGAUAGGGUGGUCACUCACACCUCCCCAGAGUAAUGGAUAUUCCAGUACUACCAGGAAUGGGAUGUGCCCUCCCUGCCAGCAUGACCUGGGGGGAAAUUUCUUCCUGAUCACAAAUUUGGUGAGCAGUUAUACCUCGAUCUUCAAUUGGGUUCUGUUCUCUCUGAGCUUUGUGACUCUUUCAUUACAGAAGAUUGAAGUGCAGGGGCUCUGGGAUUGAGGGCUUUGGUAGGAGUGCAGGGUCCUUCCAGAUUUCAGAGCUAACCCUCGAGAAAGCCAAGGUCUGCUGAGUCUGCAGGCAGUGCCACCAGCCACAGUGACUCGGGUGAGGGGGGAGUGCAGGUUAGGAAUAAAGUGUGA